AUGAGCUGGAAAUGUAGGAGACAAACCUUGUACAUUGUAGCUGCUGUCUUGGGCGACAUUCUUCUCAUUGCAUUCCUACGAUAUGUUUGGCAUCUCAGUCUUUGUGAUUUCUUUCUGUUUAUUGGGUUGAUUCUGCUAAAUGGAGCUGCCAUAUAUGUGGAGUGCUGGAUAGAGCUGGAACAUCCAACUCUAAUUCUAACCGGCAUUCUGGCUAUACCCCUCGCUUGCAUUCAUCUAUUCCUCUGCAGAAUUGACGCCAUAACCGAACGUUGGGCUGCAAUGAAAAUAUUACCAAAAGUUGGACACAUUUUAGUCUUUGCUUUUCUGAUGGUUUUUCCUGCGAUUUGGCUAUUUCUGGCAUUUUUCUACUUUUACAAUCUGAACAACAAUACCUCAGCGGGCAUACACUGGAGAUUUUGGCAAUUAAAUUAUAUUUAA